AUGGGUAGACCCUCCCCCGGUCACACGCCCUACGCCCGGGCCGAACCUCCGAGGAAACGGGAAGAGCAGAACGCCGGCCUCACCGAGACCCCCAGGACCUCCCAGCCCAGACGCCCCGUCAAGUGGGAGCCCCCCCGCUCCUCCCAGGGGAGGACAGGGGGAGACGGAGGGGACCGGAGGGCCAACAGAGACCGGGAAGCCGACGAGAACGAGACGGGGGGCCCGACUCCAUCCUGCCCCUCUAAAGACCUGGGCUUGUGCCCUCCAGCGUUGGCCCAGGUGCGACAGGCCCGAGCCCGUUCCAUUCACCCGGCCACGGCCUGCCUGGCGGGGGGCAGUAGAACGGACGGCCCGAUGUGGAAACAGCACACGAUGCGUCCACACCAGCAUAUCGCCGGGGCUGGGGGUUCUCCCUUAACACACUGCGAAAUGAAUACAAGCCACGGCGGGGUUGCGGAUACCGCCAGCGCCUCGAUCGCGAGCGCUGCUGUGUCCACCGCUCCCAAGAAGAAACGGGCCAGACAGGGCCCGGGCAAGAUCACGAGCCGCGGGGCCGCUUCAGCUCAGAAGGACGCCGUCCGAGGGGAGCGUCCCGCUGAUCAGGCGGCAGGCGUCACCUCCGACCCCAGAGUGAAGGAUGCUGGGAGGAUGAGUUUGGAGGAGAGGGCGUGGCUGCUGAGGAGGGUGGGCGGGGCCAGAGCGACGGCGUUGACGAUGGUGUUCCAGGACGGCAGCACUCAGUUUGACCCGGAACAGAACCCCAGUCCCCCGGUGUGCGGCCUGCUGGUCCUGAUGAGACAGGAGCUGGAUCACAGCGGGCCGGGGGCCCACCUGCACCCCGGGGACACCUGUUUCUACCUCCGACUGGAACACGCUCCCGCAUGGGCCCAGCGCCACGCACAGCACAGCCAGGAGAGCUUCACUAGGGAGACGCUGGUGCAGGUGGUGUCAGGCGCUGGGCUGCUGGUGUGUUAUAAAGCUAAGGACCUGCUGCGCACGGCCCUGCAGCACUACAGACCGCAGAUCAGCUGGAAACAAGUCCUCGGCUGUCGUAUCCAGGAUCCCCAGGUGUCAGGCUGGCUUCUGGACCCUGCGGACCCAGCCACCUGCUACCAGGACCUGAUCAAAAAACAUCUGAGACCCUCUCCUCCACAGACAGCCCCGGGAACCAGCAAGGCUUCUCAGGCCAUCACCGGCCUCAAUCUGCUCUACCGGCUUAACAUGGAGCUGUGCGCCAAACUGCAGAGCCAGGGCUUGUGGCAGUUGUACUCCACUCUUGAGCUCAGCAUGAUCCCAGUUCUGGCAGCCAUGGAGAGCUACAGGAUCCAUGUGGACAGGGAGGCCCUGAAGACCACCUCAGACAUGUUGGGGACUAAGAUGAAGCAGUUGGAGCAGGAGGCCCAUCAGGCAGCAGGACAGAUCUUCCUGGUGACCAGCAGCACCCAGCUAAGAACUGUUCUGUUUGAUAAGCUACGGCUGCACGAGCGCUGUGAGAACAAGAAACUCCCCAAGACCAUCAAUAAACAACAGCAGUCAACAUCAGAGGCUGCUCUGUUGCAGCUUCGGGACCUGCAUCCCCUCCCAAAGAUCAUUCUGGAAUACAGGCAGGUCCAUAAGAUCAAGUCCACCUUUGUGGAUGGGUUUCUGUCCUGCAUGAUGGGCAAGAGCUACAUCUCCUCUACGUGGCUCCAGACCAGCGCAGUGACAGGACGGAUUUCAGCCAAGCAUCCGAACUUCCAAGCCCUCCCAAGACAGCCAGUUCACAUCACCAAGAAACAGUACAUACAAGGAAAGGAUGCAGAGGUGGUGAAGGUUCAUCCUCGAAACAUGUUUAUUCCCCAGGAGGGGUGGACCUUCCUCGCUGCAGACUUCUGCCAGGUCGAGCUGCGACUGCUUGCCCAUCUCUCCGGUGACCCCGAGCUCCUGAGAGUCUUCAGCCACGCCCACUCUGACGUCUUCACCAUGCUGGCCUCGCGCUGGAAGGGGGUGAGGGAAAGUGAGGUUUCGUCUGAAGAGAGGGAACACGCCAAGCGCAUAGUCUACUCUGUCGUGUACGGGGCAGGCCGGGAACGUCUCUCUGGGAUCCUGGGUGUGAGCUCGGAGCAGGCCAGCAGGUUCCAGGACAGCUUCCUCCAGACCUACCGAGAGGUCCAGACCUUCAUCCAGACCACCGUCCAGCAGUGCCACCAACAGGGUUACGUGGUGUCCAUUAUGGGGCGUCGGCGUGCUCUCCCUCUCAUCCACUCCGCCGACUGGGGGGUCCGCAUGCAGGCGGAGAGACAGGCUGUGAACUUUGUGGUCCAAGGUUCUGCGGCUGACCUUUGUAAAAUGGCCAUGAUCCGGAUCUCCUCUCAAGUCUGCUCCUCUAGCUCGCUCUCUGCCAGGCUGAUAGCCCAGCUCCACGAUGAGCUGCUGUACGAGGUGGAGGACUCCCAGGUGGAGCAGUUUGCAGGCCUUGUGAAAGGUACCAUGGAGGCCCUGCAGCACAUUGACUCUUUAAGAGUUCAUCUCAAGGUUCCUCUAAAGGUGGCGCUCUCCAGUGGCAAGUCAUGGGGAUCCAUGUCGGAGCUCAGCCUCUGUGCUGCACCUCCUCCCACGCCCCCAGCGUCCACCCCUCCUCCGUAG